GCAACAGUUAUGGAUCUUGCCGGGCUUGGAAUAUUACCUCUUAUCCUCAUCUCAUGUAUCUUUAUAUUUUCUCUGUGGAACAUGAUAUCAACAAAACAGAAAUUGCCCCCAGGACCAAUACCCUUACCACUAAUUGGAAACCUUCUACAAAUAAUGAGGGGAGAGAUGGUUGCUUCUCUAAUGAAGAUGUGGGAGCAGUAUGGCUCCAUUUUCACCCUGUAUUUUGGCCCUAAACCAGUAAUUGUUCUCUGUGGAUAUCAAACAGUUAAGGAAGCUCUGGUAGAUCAUGCAGAAGAGUUUGGUGCACGAGGAAAUCUUCCUGUGAUGGACAUGUGUAUCCAGGGAUAUGGGUUGGGCUUUGCCAAUGGAGAAAUAUGGAAGCAAAUGCGUACCUUCACCUUGAAGACACUGAAGAAUUUUGGGAUGGGGAAGAAAAGUAUUGAAGAGAAAAUACAAGAGGAGACACAGUUUAUGCUGGAUGAAAUGAGAAAAUUGAAAGAGAAACCCAUUGACCCAACCAUGAUUCUUAUGAAAGCUGUUUCCAAUAUACUUUGUUCCAUCCUGUUUGGAAAUCGCUUUGAGUACAAUGAAAAACCUUUUAACAAGCUGCUUAACAUCCUAGAGGAAACAUUGCACCAUCUUAGCAACACUUUGGGACAGCUGUACAACAUUCUUCCAAAGUUGAUGAACUGUAUUCCAGGACCUCAUAAAAAAAUAUUCAGCCUCACCGACGAACUGUUGGCUGUGAUAGAAGAAAACGUAAAAGUUCACCAAGACACAUUGGACCAAAAUGCACCGAGAGACUUUAUUGAUUGCUUCCUCAUUAAAAUGCAACAGGAAAAACAGAACCCAAAUACUGAAUUCAACAUGAAAAAUCUCUUAGCAACAGCUCACUCAUUAUUUAUUGGAGGAACAGAAACAAUCAGCACUACUUUAAGACACGGACUCCUAAUUCUCUUGACAUACCCUGAGAUACAAGCCAAACUUCAUGAUGAAAUUGAUCGAGUCAUUGGACAAAACAGAUUGCCAAAUAUGGACGACAAAAUCAACAUGCCCUAUAUGGCUGCUGUGAUCCAUGAAAUCCAGAGGUUUGCUGAUAUCACUCCAAUGAGUGUCCCUCAUUCUGUUACAAAAGACACUCAUUUCAAAGGUUAUUAUCUCUGCAAGGGCACUACUAUCUACACAUUACUAUGCACCGUUCUCCGUGAUCCAAGCCAGUUCUCUACACCAUACAAGUUUAACCCAAACCACUUUUUGGAUGAGAAUGGAAUGUUCAAGAAAAAUGAAGCAAGUAUGGUUUUUUCUGCAGGGAAGCGCAGUUGUCUUGGUGAGUCGUUGGCCCGUAUGGAACUCUUCCUGUUCCUCACCUCAAUCCUACAGAACUUCACCCUGACCUCAAAGAUCCAAUAUACAGAAUCAGAUGUCACCCCCAAAAUGACCGGAAUCUUCAAGUUUCCUAUAAAUUACCAGCUUUCAUUUGUUCCUCGCUAACUUUUCAAACACAUUAAAUUUUGACCUUUGAGACACAGGGGCAUAUUUAUAAAUGUGCGAGCGGACAUGAUACGAAGUAGCGUAUCAUGUCCGCCACACAUCGAUAAAUGCCGACAGCAUACACUGUCGGCAUUUAUCUAUGCACAAGCACUUCACCACUUCACCAGAAGUUAAUUGUUUUUUUGUUUGUUUUUUCUUUUUAAAUGUUUAAAGUUCUGCACAUGCUCAGUUUAUAUUUUAAUAUACAACAUUUUCAUUUGAAUAUUCAUAAAGUAAUACCAUGGGGCCAAUUUAUUAUGUUGCAAAUGCAGAAUUUUCUGCGUGAGCCUUCAGGCUCGCCGGAAACAUAAGUUAACAAGCAGUGGUCAUAAGACCGCUGCUUCGUAACUCGUCCGCCACCUCGGAGGUGGCGGGCAGCAAUCAUCCAUAUCGGAUACGAUUGGGAUGAUCGACACUCCCUGCACUAAAAAUGCUUGUGCAAUGAUAAAUGCCGACAGCGUAUCGAUGUGCGGCGCACAAUGUUAAAUCGGCCCCCAUAUGUGAGGUGGGAAAUCUUACAUCAAACAAAUUAGUUAUUAUCAAUACUGAGUGAGUUUAAAUUUCUUUCUUUCCAUUGGCCAUGUAUUUUAUUCUAUAUAUUUAAAGGUUUGCAUAUGCUAUACCCUCACUAGAAAACAUAAAAAAAAUGUUUCUUAUACUUUUUUAUUCAUUUACCAAAAUUAGUUAAAGGGACAUAAUACUCAUAUGCUAAAUAACUUGAAAGUGAUGCAGCAUAACUGUAAAAAGCUGACAAGAAAAUUUAACCUGAACAUGUCUGUGAUGAGAGUGGGAAGUGACGUCACCGGAUGAGGGCGGGGUUUAGGGAAUUGAUUGUCUAUGUCGCAGUUACCAAGUUAGAUGUGUUGUACAAGCUGUUUACUUCUAUGCUCUGCAAUAAAAUAGUGUUGUACCCUC